AUGCUAGUUUAUUGUGACCAUUUUGGUGUAAACUUGGAUAACUUUGUUCAGAAUGACAAAGAUGAUCCAGAGGAGAUAGAUGUAGAAGCACAUAAGGAAGGGUUGUAUGAUACUGAAGAGCAGGAAAUUGAUAACAAAGAAGGUGAGAAGGGUGAAAACAAUGAUGGUGGUGGUCAGGAGACUGAGAACAAUGAUGGUGGUGGUGAGGAGACUAAGAACAAUGAUGAUGAUGGUGAGGAGACUGAAAACAAUGAUGGUGGUGGUCAAGAGACCAAGAACAAUGAUGGUGGUGAAGAUAGUGAUGAAGAUUAUGUUGCAGAGGAGGAGGAUGGUGAUGUUGGGUUUGCUGCUUCUUUAGACCACUUAAGUGAGGGUGAGGAUGAAGUAAGGAGUGUGAGACAAGGUCAACCCAUUGCACAGAUUCCAAAUGCAAAACUGUUACCCAGGCUUGAUCCAAAUUAUGAUGUUGGUCACCAUAAUGUUAAUGAGAGGUCUGUCAUACAAGAGGAACAUGAGGAAUUCCUUAAGGAGCUUGUUCAAGCACUGACAAACAACAAAAUUGGAGAAGAGUAUCAAGAUCCACUGCAGCCACCAACUGAAGCUACUCCAGUUUUUCCUGUGCAUGAUAAAGCAACACAUUGGAGACUGAAACAACCAAAGGUUGGUGAGAAAUAUAAUAAUGUUGAAGACCUUAAAGAAUGCCUGACUUACUAUGGACUUGCAAAUGGAUAUUCCUUAUGGUAUGAAAGAAGUUGCAGUGAAAGUUUGAUUGCAAGAUGUGGCAAUAGGCCCCCAAGACUUCAAGAACCAUGUUUGGGGAAAUAG